AUGAGGGCCACGCCCACCGCCACUACGUGGACCUUCUUCCUGCGGCCCCCCAGGGGGCCAGCGGCUACGCCACCGCUGCCGCACGGAUCCUUCGCGUGCCUCCGCCACCUCUCCCGCAGCACCGCCCUCCAGGAGCUCCUCUGUGGCGGCGGAGGAAGAAGAAGAAGAAGAAGCUCCCCCGCCGCCUGCGACACGAAGGCCCUUCUGCGCGACCUAGACCUCGCUGUCGGAGCCCGGCGGAUCGACGCCGCCUGGGAGGCCUUCGACCGCCUCCGCGCCUCCUGCAGCCUCCUUCCCCCUCGCGCUCUCCUCGGCGGUCUCAUCGCCGCCACCUCCUACUCGCCGGAGCCCCGCCGCCUCCGCCGCGCCUACCAGCUCGCUUCCGCCCUCUCCCUCCGCCGGCCGGAUCUCCUCCACUACGAUUCCCUCUCGAGGCUAGCCCUUUCCCUGGCCCGCGCGCAGAUGUCGGUGCCCUCCGCGGCGGUGCUCAGGCUCAUGUUGGAGACCAACAGGCUCCCACCUCCUCCUCUCUGGAGCGCCGCCUUCUCCCACCUGGUGAGGACUCCGGUGGGCUCCUACGCCGCCGCCGACGUGCUGAUCGAUCUUUGCGGAGUCUUCCUCUGCCAUCCCGCGAGCUCCAAGCGGCGAAAGCUGACGAAGCCCAGCGCCGCCCUCUUCAACCUUGUCCUCCACUCCUGCGUCCAAUUCGGGUCGCCGCUGAAGGCCCACCAGAUGCUCGAGAUAAUGCCAGAGACGGGCGUGGAAGCAGACGUUGGCUCCAUUAUCGCCAUCGCUCGGGUGUGCGAGAUGAAUGGGCUCAGGGAAGAUCUGAAGAAGCUGAAGCCUCACGUUGAUUCCGCAUCCUCACCUCUUCUCAACCACCACUAUCUUCACUUCUACGAUUCCCUGUUGAGCCUGCACUUCAAAUUCAAUGACUUGGAGGCUGCGGCAGAGCUCAUCCUGGGUUUAUACCAGCGAUCCAGCUCGCCCCCAAGGCAGAAUGUGCUUCCAGAAACUUGCUUUCUUCUUCGGGUUGGAUCAGACAAUUUGAAGACCGGAUCCAAGCUCCUGAUCAAGCCCGCGUCCUUGCCACAGGAUCUUGCUUUCAAGCCAGAGAAUCGGUCGGGUCUCAUCAUUCUUAAAGAUGGUAAGCUUUUCCCGAGUGACAGGGCAAUUGCAAAGCUCAUCAAUGGCUAUGUCAGACAGAGGAAGGUGGGAGAGCUCUCCAAGGUGUUGAUCGGCAUACACAAGACUGUGGGCACUUCAUCGGACUUCAGUUUGGGCUCAGAGGUCGUGGUUUCUUUUGUUGAAUUGGGCUGGUUAGAGACUGCUCAUGAUAUCCUGGAUGACAUGGAAUCAGCUGGAGUUUCCUUCCCAGAGAUCACAUAUGCCUCACUUUUGAUGGCCUACUGUAAAAAAAAUAUGCCUGAUGAAGCCAGAGUCCUGAUGAGACAAAUGAGGGAAAGAGGCCUGAUAAAUUUGCCCGACGAAGAAGCUAUAAUCUUGUUUCCCUCAGUCGAUGCAAAGUGUGCUGCACUGGUCACUAGCUCAGCCUUGGCCAAGCUCUUGGAAAAGCAAUCCAUGGAAGAAGAAGAAGGCACAGCAACUCAUCUGAUCUAUGAGUUUAAUUUCUCUAUUUUAUUCUUCUGCAAGGCCGGAAUGAUGGAGGAUGCGAUAAAGACUUUCAGAAAAAUGCAAGAAAGGAAGGUUGAGCCCACUGUCCAGACCUUCGGUCACCUGGUGAAUGGGUACUCAUCACUGGAGAUGUAUCGGGAGAUCACGAUAAUCUGGGGAGAGAUCAAGAGGUGGUUGGAAGUCGGCGUUUUAUCACCUGACAGAGAUCUAUUUGAGUGCUUGCUGUGGAACUUUAUCAGAGGUGGUUACUUUGAGAGAGCCAUGGAGAUUGCUAGAUAUAUGGAGGAGUCUCACAUGUAUGUUGAUAAGUGGAGAUUUAGGAGAGAGUUUCUGAAGUUGCAUAAGAACCUCUACAGGAAUCUGAAUAUGUCUAAUGCAAGAACUGAUGCCCAGAGUAAGAGGCUUGAGCAUGUUAGAGCCUUUAGGAAAUGGGUUGGCAUUGCCAGGGCAAAGAGGAUUGGAUCCAACGGUUAG